AUGUGGCUCCUCAAAACAGCACGCGCAGAGCUCCAUUACUUCUUUGAACCAGGUGCCGUCUAUGGAGGAUACGCAGCCCUUUCCCACACCUGGAGCCAAGAUCCUGCCCAUCCCGAGCAGUCGUUCCAGGACCUCCAGGCCAUCAUCGCCCGAUGCAAGGAGACCGACGCGAACCCUCGCGACGUCGUCUGCGACAAGAUCCGGAUGUGCUGCAUCACCGCCGAACGCGACGGCUACAAGUGGGUUUGGAUAGACACGUGCUGCAUCAACAAGGAGAGUAGCACGGAGCUCUCGGAGGCGAUCAACUCGAUGUUCAACUGGUACGUCCUCUGCGAGGUCUGUUACGCGUACCUGGACGACGUCAGCUCCGACGACGACCCCCGAGCGACAAACUCGGAGUUCCGGCUCGCGCGAUGGCACUGGCGGGGAUGGACACUGCAAGAGCUCCUCGCACCCGCGUUCGUCUUGUUCAUGUCCAAGGAUUGGAAGAUGAUCGGAAACAAGCACCAGCUUGCGCAGACCCUCGCGAACAUCACGGGCAUCGACGAACACUAUCUCACCCGCGAUGUAUCGUUCUUGAACGCACCGAUCGCGAUGAAGAUGUCCUGGGCAGCGAAGCGGAAGACGACGCGGGUCGAGGACGAAGCGUACUCCCUUUUCGGCCUUUUCAACGUCAACCUCCCGACGUUGUACGGCGAGGGCCGUCAAGCGUUUUUCCGCCUCCAGGUCGAGCUUAGUCGGGUUUCAUUGGACACGACACUCUUUGUAUGGGGAGGCAUGCACAAAUCCAACACCGAUAUGCUCUCGUCGGCGACGCUGGAGAUGAUGAGGCCCGCCCACAGGAUUUCACCUGACACGUAUCUCUUGGCGUCCUCUCCUGAAGAGUUCGAGGGCUCGAAGUACUACUACACUCCGAAGCUCCCGGCAACAGCUGUACUGCAGCCGUAUAACUCAUGGCAGUGGACGGAAGAGCACGAGAAACAUUUGGACGUGUCAAAAAGGCCAACCGGGCCCUUCGGAAGCCUCGAAACACCCUCGUUCGAGCUAACGAGUCGAGGCAUGAAAUGUCGCUUUCCCAUCGCCGAGGUAGAUGAGAUAACCAUCAUGGUGCUUCUGGUUGAGACCUUGGAUCAACACCUCGGCAUAAUUCUUCAUCCGGGAGAAGAGGAGGUUUUCAAUGUAUCCUGGGGGUUCAAGGCUGAUUCUGCGGCAGUAUAUAGCCUAAUACGCCUUGCUCAACUCGGCGGGGACUUGUACAACCUCAAAUUCCGUGGCUCGAUCAUCAAGCCCGUCUGGCGCGACAUCUACAUCCGGGCCUGGCCUGAGAGCGAGGACCUCAUGGACGCCCCGCACAGUAUCCUCCGUCUGGUUCGCGACAAUCCCUCGGCGCCGUUCCGGGUCCCACGCUGGAUCGUGGUCGGGUUUAUCUCGCUUCAGCUCCACGUCCAAAGCUCUAUAUCGACCACCGAUGAAGCUGUGUCGUUCGAGCAGACAUUCAGCUUUUCAACCUUCACUAUCGCCCAUAGAAUUCACGUGAAGGUGGGCCUCUGCAAGCGGGCCACCGACAAGCAGCCGGUGCACUGGGCGUGGGCGGUGGCGGUGGUGGCCGAGCCCAAGGCAUGGUAUUACCCCUGGGACCGGCCCCACGACUACACGGAGCGGACGAUCCUGCUCUCGUUCAAGAGGGAUGCCUACGACGCGCACACCCGCGUCCUCCACAUCGAGCUCCAUGGGCCGGUGUACGACGAGCUGCAGCGCACAGCCAACGUAAGGUUUCCAUGCAGGACACGGAGGGGCCAGACAGGACGACGCGUCGUGUGA